CACCGAGACGGGGGGAAAGACUGAAUAAAAGGAAGCCGUGCCAGAGCGCCUGUAACGACCGCAAAAAACCCCGCGGAGGAGUCGACAGCCGCCGCCGCUGGAUCUCUAGCCGGUGUUCGUGGCGGUUCCCGGCGGCUCCGGCUGUGGAUUCACUGCGUUUUGGCGCCGCGGCGGACGGAGCGGAUCAGGCCAUGGCCCUAACAUAUUGAGUAGCUCGUCGGCGGCGGCGGUGGUGCUGGUGGUGGUGGAGGUGGAGGAGGGGGGGAGGAGGCGGAGGAGAAGGAGAAGGAAGGCGCACCGAGGAGACAAUUCACGGGGAAAAUGGAGGAUUAUUCUCAGCGUGGCACCGACAGCGCGUCUCGGCUGGAUUAUUAAGACGCAGCUCGGCGGCGCGUCCAGGCGAGGUCGUGUCGCCUGGUAGGAGGGUAGGAGGGUAGGUAGGUAGGUAGGUAGCUGCCCCCCUCCAGCUCGACCUUUCUGGGCUGUUUUUUUUUCUUUUCCUUCCUUCUUGUUUUGACAUACAUGUGGGAUUGUUCUCGCUCCGCUCCGUGAGCUUUGGAAACAAGAAACUGUUGGAUUACGCGAACAUGGAUUUUAACGGCGGCAGCGGCGGCGGCGGCGGCGGCGGCAACGAGCUGCACAACAACCAGUUCUAUCAGUGCGAGGAGAGCAAGCCGCUGCUGGGGGAGAUGUCGGAGGGCAACAACAACACGAAGCUGGGCGCGGGGCCGUGCAAGAGGAGCCUGCACCACUGCAGCAGCAGCGGGAUGCGCUACAAGCUGCUGCACGAGGGCGACAUCCAGGUGUGCGUGGUCAAGCACCCGCGCACCUUCCUCAGCAAGAUCCUCACCUCCAAGUUCCUGCGGAGAUGGGAGCCGCACCACCUGACGCUCACCGACAGCAGCCUGACCUCCGCCACCCCCACCGGCUACAUGGAGGCGUCGCUGUCCUACAGCUCCAUAGAGGACCUGCAGCUGCUGUCCUGGGACAACGCCCCCAAGUACUGCGUCCAGCUCAGCUUCCCUGGAGGCACCGUCCUGCUGCAGGCUGCCAACAGCUACUUGAGGGACCAGUGGUUUCACUCCCUGCAGUGGAAGAAAAAGAUCUACAAGUACCGUAAGGUCCUGAACAACCCGAGUCGCUGGGACGUGGUGCUGAAGGAGAUCCGGGCGCUGGUGGACAUGGCUCUGACCUCCCCGCUGCAGGACGAGUCCAUCCACCAGGCGCCGCUGCACAUCAUCUCCACCCUGCUGGCCGAGAACUCUAAUCUGAGCACUCAGGAUCAUGAGAACAUCAUCGUGGCCAUCGCUCCUCUCCUGGAAAACAACCACCCACCACCUGACCUGUGCGAGUUCUUCUGUAAGCACUGCCGGGAGCGGCCGCGGUCCAUGGUGGUGAUCGAAGUGUUCACUCCCGUGGUCCAGAGAAUCCUCAAACACAACAUGGACUUUGGGAAGUGUCCUCGGCUGCGCCUCUUCACUCAGGAGUACAUCCUGGCUCUGAACGAGCUCAACGGCGGCAUGGAGGUGGUCAAGAAGUUUGUCCACAGCAUGCAUGGACCGACGGGCCAGUGUCCUCACCCUCGAGUCCUGCCAAACCUGGUGGCCGUGUGUUUGGCUGCCAUUUACUCCUGCUACGAGGAGUUCAUCAACAGUCGGGACAACUCUCCCAGCCUGAAGGAGAUCAGGAACGGCUGCCAGCAGCAGAACGACCGCAAGCCUCCGAUGCCGCUGCGCCUGCUGCGCCCCGAGCCUCCGACGCCGCCGCCCGCCACCCUGCUGCCGCUGUCGGCCGCCCCCAGCCCCGCUCAGCCGCCGCCCUCCAACCCCCCGAACCCGGCCGCCGCCCCGUCCAUCCCCAUCUCCUCCCCGACGCCCUCCCUGCCGCUCUCCCCUCCGCCCUCCGUCGUCAACUCCAGCGAGAUCCUGGUGGAGCUCGAGCGCAACAACAACUCGGCCAACGCCAAGAGGAAGGGCGGCCCGGCGGGCGGCGACAGCGAGCCCAACCUCAUCGACUGUCUGCUGGUCAGCCCCGCCGUCAACACGCUGUCCAUCCAGCUGCCGGCGCAGGCCGACCGAGUGCUGGGCUGCUUCGCCCUCAUCCUCAAGAUGCUGUCGGACUUCGACGACUGGAGACCCGCUCUGGCCAGUCUGCUGCAGCCCAUCCCUUUCCCUAAAGAAGCUCUCGCACAUGCCAAAUUCACAAAGGAACUGAAAUACGUUAUCCAGAGGUUUGCGGAGGAUCCGAGGCAGGAGGUGCACUCCUGCCUGCUCAGUGUGCGUUCAGGUAAAGACGGCUGGUUCCAGCUCUACAGUCCAGGGGGCGUGGCCUGCGACGACGACGGCGAGCUGUUUGCCAGCAUGGUUCACAUCCUGAUGGGCUCCUGCUACAAGACCAAGAAGUUCCUGCUGUCUCUGGCUGAGAACAAGCUGGGCCCCUGCAUGCUGCUGGCCCUGAGAGGAAACCAGACCAUGGUGGAGAUCCUGUGUCUGAUGCUGGAGUACAACAUCAUCGAGAACAAAGACACCCAGCUGCAGAUCAUCUCCACCCUGGAGAGCACCCAGGUGGGCCUCCGCAUGUACGAGCAGCUCUGCGACCGACAGCGAGAGCUCAAAGAACUGCAAAGAAAAGGAGGCCCGACACGACUCACUCUGCCCUCCAAGUCCACGGAUGCGGACCUGGCCCGCCUGCUGAGCUCAGGUUCUUUCGGGAACCUGGAGAACCUGAGCCUGGCCUUCACCAACGUCACCAGUGCCUGUGCUGAGCAGCUCAUCAAGCUGCCUUCACUCAAACAGCUCAACCUCUGGUCCACACAGUUUGGAGACGCAGGACUGAGGUUGUUAUCUGAGCAUCUGGCCUGUCUGCAGGUCCUGAACCUGUGUGAGACUCCCGUCACUGAUGCUGGUCUGCUGGCUCUCAGUUCCAUGAAGAGUCUGUGCAGUCUGAACAUGAACAGCACCAAGCUCACCGCCGACACAUACGAGGACCUCAAGGCCAAACUGCCCAACCUGAAGGACGUGGACGUUCGGUACACGGAGGCCUGGUGAUCGACCGUCCUCCCUCCCAUCUUCACACAUGGCCAGACACACACACUGCACACACACACACACACACACACACACACACACACACACAACACGACAACCAUCUCCACCGACGCCAUCAUUAAACCAGGAGGACGUCUGAGGAGCCUUCGUCGGCCUCGUCCGAGUCGCUUCGUGGACCUCGCCGCUCCCCGUACUCGGACCUCGUUUUUACCGAGAACGCCGGCGGACGUUAAGGACGCUCGUCUCUCUGUCUCUGUCCUCUGCCCCGUCUCUUUUCAUACAUCAGUUUCCCGUCCCUUCAGCAGCAGCUCACAUUCCGGUUCUCCUCCGAUCCGACCCACGAUGUAGCUCUCCCGAGUCGAACUGUUAAAAAGUCGCCGCUCUCUCUAUCUGCCGUCAGAUUCGAGUCUGUCAUUGGGAAACAUGAGGUGCUACCUCAGAGAAAAGAAGACUGUGCCUACUCCUCAUAUACCACACACACACACACACACACACACACACACACACACACACACACACACACACACAAAAAAAAAAAAAAAAACAAAAAAAAAAAAAAAACGGUUUUUAUCAACUUGAAUUAACAUAUUUUUCCAGACAUCUGUGCUUUCAUAUAUUGUGUGUUUCUAUAUAUAUAAAUGAAGAAAACAAACCCCAGUGAUGACAUUUUAGGAGCUCUGCAGGAAAGUUCAACGGCAACAUUGGUUCCCUUUUCGUUUGCUUUCAGUGUACAUACUGACGACCUCCCCGUACUAUUUAAUAGGACAGUUGUGUAGCAGUAGCUUGGUGGUCUGGGACUGCCUCAUAUUUAUAAGUUGUGUCUCCAAAGCCUCCCGGAUUUUGUCCCCGAGUCCUUUUGUUUUCGUCGAGGGCGGCCACUCGUGGAUCUCUCUGAGCAGAGUGGACCUGUAAACGCAGACGCAUCACCAGCUGAGAGUUGUAUAUUUUCAUAUCCUCCGCUAUUUUUCUGGUUUGGGACGACGUUUGAAACAAAGGAAAGGACACCUGCCAAACAUCUUCACCGUUUCCUUUCAGCCCCCGCCUGUGGACAAACACUGUUUGGUCCCGUGUCUGAGGUCCGAGUGAAGGGUCGCAGUGCCUCUAGUGGACGAGCUGCUUCUUUCUACCUGUCGCACCACCUGUUUUGAAUCGUCCUGCUGUAUUUAUAUGACGCCAUAACACAUGGGUGACGUUUCCAGGCCUCAUCGCAGGAUGGGACUGAAUUAUUGUACAUAAUCACAAUAAGGGACAUUGGAAGCCUUUGAUUUGCCCGCCUACAUUCCCUCGAAAUGUUGCCUGUUUCUUGUGUUUCAUACGAUGUGGUAACUGCCCUGACACACUGCAUCUCUGUCCAACGUGUGGUCCGGGUGGAUUGUCUUUAAAGAAAAAAAAAA